AUGCAUAAUACCUCUUGUUUUUCGUGUUUCUUCAUAUCAGGUAUACGUUAUGCUCAGCCCCCAGUUGGACGGUUGCGUUUCCGAAAACCUGUGCCUCCAAUUCCCGAACCAAAGACGAUGUUCUCGUCUGUGGAAUUACCACCCACGUGUCCGCAGCCCAAAGACACAAUGUUUCAGGAUUCCGCAGCUGCUCGUAUGUGGCAGCCCAACACUCCCAUGUCUGAGGACUGCCUGUUCUUGAACAUUUUUGUUCCCAGUCCACCGGAAUCGGAAAGAACUGAUAUGGAACGCGAAAAGCUCGCAGUCAUGGUACGUGUUGAAUAUGUUUUCACUGUUUGCCUCCUUCGAUGGCAAGCGUUGAUGAAGACAUUCAUCUUUUACAUGGGAACCCCGACACUGAGUGUCUACGACGGACGCUUCCUGGCUGCACGGCAAAACAUUAUUGUGGCGUCGAUGAACUAUCGUAUCGGUCCAUUGGGAUUCAUCUACAUGAAUAAUGAAGAGGCUCCGGGUAAUAUGGGUUUGUGGGAUCAGCGACUGGCGAUGAAGUGGAUCAAAGAUCACAUCGCUGAUUUUGGUGGUGACCCAGAACGGAUAACUUUGUUUGGUGAGUCCGCGGGUGCGGUCAGUGUGAGCACGCACGUGGUCAGUCCCUGGUCCCACGGAUACUUCACCAAUGCCAUCAUGCAAUCCGGAUCGAUUUUCGGCAACUGGGGUCUCUCAUCCGGAGUGGAUCAGCUGAAUCGAACACACAAAUUUGCCAAUAUUCUCGGUUGUCACAAAGGUUCCGAAAUGGAUAUCAUAAACUGUUUACGAUCAAAAAGUGUGAACGACAUUCUGGACGCGCACAACACCAUGUUCGAUCCGGACUCCUAUUUCUACGUCCCUUUCCCACCAGUGUUGGACAACCAUUUUUUGCCCUAUUCGGCGCCGAGCACAUUUCGCCAGUUGCAUCAUCUUAAACCGGAUGGGGCACUGAUGUUCGGGAUCAACAAGAACGAGGGGUCUUACUUCUUGCUGUACGCGUUUGUGCAAAAUCAGCAUUGGCGACGGGAACAAACCCAGUUACCCAUUUACAACCGGUCGGAUUAUUUGCGUUGUUUACGUCGUGUCCUCGAUCUGGACGAUGAUGAUGGACCGGAAUACACAGAACCACUGGUUCGGUACACGGAUUUUGAGUACGAGACAUACGAAUAUCUGCCUUCUUUGGCCACAUGGACCGAGCGGCUGGAAACGAUCAGUAGUGACCGAAGUUUCAAAUGUCCCACCAUUGAUAUGGCCACCACAGUUAUGAACGAAUAUCGUUAUUCGGGUAGAAGAGUUGCACACACCUUGCCCGUGUAUUUCUACGAGUUUCAACACCGCACAGCUUCGGUUCCAUGGCCCAAAUGGACCGGUACAAUGCACGGAUACGAGAUCGAGUAUGUGUUUGGGAUCCCGUUCAGUCCACAAUUUCAAGCCACGUUCUAUCGGUUCACAGAUGAGGAACGGCGGCUGAGUGAUAUGAUGAUGACUUACUGGGCAAAUUUUGCCAGGACUGGGGACCCAAAUAUCUUGCCGGAAAGGAAACACGUAUCCGAUUUGAAUCACGUGGGCAUGGGCCCGCUGAUGGGUGAAAAGGAUAGCGAAUUGAAGAAUGUGGCGGAUUAUCUGAACCGUAAUGGGUUGCCCACCUCACUGAGCAAAAGUGACUUCCUCGCCUGGCCACUAUUCCUCAAUCGGACCGCAUACAUGAUUUUCAAAGCAGCACCAGACGAACUGUUUGUCGGGACUUCACCAAGAGAACGACAAUGUCUUUUCUGGCGUAAUUGGUAUCCAGCCUUAUUGCAACAAGGUUGGUUCAUAUGCCGGUUUUUCACAUGCUGUAUGUCAUGGUAA